AUGGGGGGGAAGCUCCCAGCGAGCCAGCAGGCCCUGCUCAACCAGGGAAAGGAGGAUGAGACGGAAAUAUUUGGCUACAAGACCCACGGCUUCCGGAGGGCCUUGUGCAUUGCUGGGUACAUCCUGUCCUGCGGAGUUCUCCUCCUCGUCUUCUACUGGAAGCCGGCCUGGGACGUGUGGGCCAACUGCGUGCCGUGUGACUUGGAAGACGCGGACGUCGUGUUGCUCCGAGCCACGGAUGAGUUUCAAAGGUACACAAGGAAGAAGGUGAUCUGGAUUGACUUGUCGAAACUUUUGGAUGAAGACAAACUGAGUCACAUCUUUAGCGCUGACAAAGAAUGUGUCAUAUCCAAAGCCAUAAUGAAGCCACAUUUGAAAGUGAGAUACAUCUGGGUACAAAAAAUCCGCUACGUAUGGGACGUCUCUGCAAAACAGUUCCACAGAAUUGGGUCACUGGAGGACAGCAACACGUGUUAUGAGAUCCAUCACAAGUUUGGUGACGGGCUGACCACGCAAGAUCAGGAUUUCCGGAGGUUAGUUUGUGGACCAAACGCCAUUGAAGUGGAGAUUCGCCCAUUCUGGAAACUGCUUUUUAAAGAGAUCCUGAACCCUUUCUACGUCUUCCAAGCCUUCACCCUGACGCUGUGGCUCUGCCAAGGCUACAUCGAAUACUCAGUCGCCAUCAUCAUCCUGUCGGUCAUCUCCAUCGGCCUCACCGUGUAUGACCUGCGGCAGCAAUCUGUCAAGCUGCACAACCUGGUGAAAGAACACAACAACGUGCAAGUCACAGCCUGGAUUAAACAUGAAGGUCGCCGUCAGAUGGAGUCUUCUUCCCUGGUGCCAGGAGACAUCAUCCUCUUGGAAGGCCAGAAGCUCUCCCUGCCCUGCGACGCCAUCCUGCUGGAUGGGAGCUGCAUCAUCAACGAGGGGAUGCUGACAGGCGAAAGCGUCCCUGUGACGAAGACCGCCCUGCCCCACACGGAGAACACCCUUCCCUGGAAGACCCACAGUGUGGAGGACUACCGGCGGCAUGUCCUCUUCUGCGGCACGGAAGUCAUCCAGACGAGGCAAACCAGCAAUGGGGCCCCCAGAGCAGUCGUGUUGCAGACGGGCUUUAACACAGCUAAGGGAGACCUGGUGAGGUCCAUCCUUUACCCAAAGCCCCUGAACUUCAAGAUCUACCGAGACGCCUUCAAGUUCAUCUUGGGCCUGGCUGUGAUCGCUGUGCUGGGCCUGGUCUACGCCGUUUAUGUUUAUACCAAGCACAAGCAAUCCGGAGCAGACACCUUGGCCAUGGCGCUCCUCCUCUUCACGGUCCCCGUGCCCCCAGCCCUCCCUGCCGCCCUGACCACGGGCAUCGUUUAUGCCCAGCGGAGGCUGAAAAAGAAGAGGAUUUUCUGCAUCAGCCCGCAGAGGAUCAACAUCUGUGGGCAAAUCAAUCUGGUGUGCUUUGACAAGACUGGCACCCUGACGGAAGACGGCCUGGACCUCUGGGGCGCCGUCCCUUGCCAAGGAGGCAGCUUCCAGAAGGCCCACAGCUUUUCCUCCGGCCGGCCUCUGCCCUGGGGGCCUCUCUGCCGCGCCAUGGCCGCCUGCCACUCCCUGCUGGUCCUGGAAGGGAAGAUCCAGGGAGACCCGUUGGACCUGAAGAUGUUUGAAGGCACCGGCUGGGAAAUGGAAGAGGCCAGUCCACAGGGCAGUAAAACCAGCAGGGCAGAUGAGCAUACAGUUAUCAAGCCAGGACCUUCCGCUUCCCAGGCCUCCGUGGAAGGGAUCGUGAUCUUGCACCAGUUUCCUUUCUCCUCCUCUCUCCAGAGGAUGUCAGUCAUUGUGCAGGAGCUCGGGAGGGACUCGUACGACCUCUGCAUGAAAGGAGCCCCAGAGAUGGUGGCCAACUUUUGCACAGCAAAGAGCGUUCCAAGGAACUUCCCCACGGAGCUCCAAUUCUACACAUCGCAAGGCUUCCGAGUCAUCGCGCUGGCCCACAAGGCGCUCACCAUGGGCAGGGGCACCGACCUGGAUGGCUUGGAAAGGGAGGAGGUGGAGUCCGGCCUGACCUUCCUGGGCCUUCUUGUCAUGGAGAACCGGCUGAAGAGCGAGACCAGACCCGUCCUAGAGGAGCUCACGGCUGCCUGCAUCCGGAGCGUCAUGGUCACAGGUGACAACCUCCAGACAGCCAUCACCGUCGCUAAGAACUCCGGGAUGAUUUCCAGUAGCAGCAGAGUGAUCCUUGUGGAAGCCAGUGAGCCGGAGGGAUCCACCCCAGCAUCCAUUGCCUGGCAGCUGAUGGAGGACAAGCAUCCAUGCCCUGGAGAAGGGAAAGAUCUGUCCAUCACCCUCGAGGGCAAGGCCGAGCUUGGUGGGCCGGGCACCGAGUUCCACUUUGCCUUGCAUGGGAAAUCUUAUCAGGUCCUCGUCAAAUACUUCAGCAGUUUGGUACCAAAGGUACUUUUGAAUGGCACUGUGUUUGCCAGGAUGUCUCCAGGGCAGAAAUCCAGCCUUGUGGAAGAAUUUCAGAAGCUAAAUUACUACGUGGGGAUGUGUGGAGAUGGAGCCAAUGAUUGCGGGGCUUUGAAAAUGGCCCACGCCGGGAUCUCCCUUUCUGAGCAGGAGGCCUCGGUGGCUUCGCCCUUCACUUCCCAGACCCCCAACAUCCAGUGCGUCCCGGAAAUGAUAAGAGAAGGCCGUGCUGCCCUCGUCUCCUCCUUUGCUGUGUUUAAAUAUCUGACCCUUUACGCCCUGAUUCAGUUCGUGGGAACGUCUCUGCUUUAUUGGCAACUCCAGAUCCUGGGGAAUUACCAGUACCUCAUUCAAGACGUCUGCAUCACCCUCGUCGUCUGCCUCACGAUGAGCUUGACCCACGCCUACCCUACACUGGCCCCUUAUCGCCCCUCCGGACAGCUCCUCUCUCCGCCGCUGCUGCUCUCAGUGGUCCUCAAUGUUUGCUUCACCCUCGUUGUGCAGGUCUGCGGCUUCCUGUUUGUGAAGCAGCAGCCCUGGUACUCGGAGACCCGCAGUCACAGGUAG